AACGUAUGUGUGUUCUUCUCGUACGACGUGGGAACUCUGCUUUCACCUUGUUCCUCUCAAAAACGUCCGUUUACAACUCAUUCCUCCCACGCGCUUCGUUACUACCUUCGCAAUAUCUCCUCUUCUUCUCCGCUGUCUCUUUCUCCCAAAAUCACAUUAGCGAUCAGUGAAGAGGAUACAAUAGAGAGAAACUAGAGAGCAGUGUGAUGACGUGGCGUAGUAGUCUCCGGUGAAGAGAUGUCACACGACGUUUUUCACGAGGCAACAAGUAACUAAAAACAUCUUCCUCCUCGAAGCGCACAAUGUCGACGACCAACACUCCCACGGCGGCUCAGCAACAACAACAACAACAAACGCCGCCACCUCCUCCGGCGAUAACGACGGAGGAGCUAACGGCGAAGGCUCUGAACAAGAGAUACGAAGGCUUAACGACGGUGAGGAACAAAGCAGUGAAAGGCAAAGGCGCGUGGUACUGGACUCACCUCGAGCCAACGCUCGUGCGCAACACCGACACUGGCCUCCCCAAAGCCGUGAAACUCCGCUGCUCCCUAUGCGACGCCGUUUUCUCCGCCUCCAACCCUUCCCGCACCGCCUCCGAGCAUCUCAAACGCGGCACGUGCCCCAACUUCACCUCCUCCGUCGCUACUCCCGUUUCCGCCGUCAGCCCCUCCUCCUCCUCUUCUCCUUCUCAUCACCGGAAACGACACUCCUCCGGCGCCGUUCCUUCCCGGCUCAAUCCUCCUCCUUCUUACCACGUGACGCCGAUAACCGUCGUCGAUCCGUCGAGAUUCAGCGGCGGAGAGUCGCCGUACUCCGCUCCGCCGCCGCCGCGAUUGAUGCUUUCCGGCGGAAAAGACGAUCUGGGUCCGUUGGCUAUGCUCGAAGACAGUGUGAAGAAGCUCAAGAGUCCUAAGCCAUCGCACACGCAGUCUCUCACGAGAUCGCAGAUUGACUCGGCGCUGGACUCUCUCUCCGACUGGGUCUUCGAGUCUUGCGGCUCGGUCUCUCUCUCGGGUCUGGAGCAUCCAAAGUUUCGAGCUUUUUUGACCCAAGUCGGUUUACCGAUCGUCUCCAAGAGAGACUUCGCCACGACGAGACUUGAGUUGAAGUACGAGGAAGCGAGAGCCGUGUCGGAAUCGAGAAUCCGAGACGCGAUGUUCCUCCAAAUCGCAUCCGACGGGUGGAGAGAGAGUCUGGUGAGUUUGGUCGUGAAUCUACCCAACGGGACGAGUGUUUACAGAAGAGCGGUUCUAGCGAACGGAGCCUUGCCGGCUAACUACGCGGAGGAGGUUUUGUUGGAGACGGUUAAGGGCAUUUGCGGAAAUUCACCUCAGAGGUGUGUUGGGAUAGUCUCCGACAAGUUUAAUAACAAAGCGCUCAAGAGUCUCGAGAGCCAGCACCAGUGGAUGGUGAACUUGUCUUGUCAGCAUCAAGAGCUCAAGAGCUUGAUCAAAGACUUUAUUAAAGAGCUGCCUUUAUUCAAAUCCGUCUCGCGAAACUGUACGAGACUCGCUAAGUUCACCAACGACACGGCGGAGAUACGUCACGCGCACCGUAAGUAUCAGAUGCAAGAGCACGGCGAAUCGAUAAUGCUACGGGUGCCUUUGCAUUGCAAGGAUUGUGUCUUUGAGCCCUUGUUUAAUCUCCUCGGGGAUGUGUUGAGUUCCGCUAGAGCGAUUCAUUCGGUGAUGCAUGAUGAUACUUGUAAAGCUGUUUUGAUGGAGGAUCACACGGCUAGGGAGGUUAGAGAGAUGGUCGGAGACCAAGGGUUUUGGAACGAGGUGGAGGCGGUUCACGCUUUGAUCAAGCUUGUUAAAGAGAUGGCUCGGAGGAUAGAGGAAGAGAAGCUGCUCGUUGGGCAGUGCCUCCCUCUAUGGGACGAGCUACGAGCUAAGGUUAAAGAUUGGGACUCUAAGUUCAACGUAGGGGAAGGACAUGUGGAGAAGCUUGUGGAGAGAAGAUUCAAGAAGAGUUAUCACCCGGCUUGGGCUGCGGCCUUCAUACUCGACCCCCUUUACUUGAUAAGAGAUAGUAGUGGCAAGUAUCUUCCUCCGUUCAAAUGUUUGUCGCCGGAGCAAGAGAAAGAUGUGGAUAAGUUGAUAACAAGGCUUGUGUCUAGAGACGAGGCACACAUUGCGUUGAUGGAGCUUAUGAAAUGGAGAACCGAAGGGCUUGAUCCAAUGUAUGCAAGGGCGGUUCAGAUGAAAGAGCGUGACCCGGUUACUGGUAAGAUGAGGAUAGCUAAUCCUCAAAGCAGUAGGCUUGUUUGGGAGACGUAUCUUAGUGAGUUCAGGUCACUAGGGAAAGUUGCGGUAAGGCUCAUUUUUCUCCAUGCAACUACUUGUGGGUUCAGAAGCAAUUCUUCUCUCUUGAAAUGGGUAAGCUCGCAUGGGAGGUCUCAUGCAGCUAUGGAUAGAGCUCAGAAGAUGAUCUUUAUAUCGGCUAAUUCGAAAUUCGAAAGAAGAGAUUUCUCUAAUGAGGAGGAUAUGGAUGCUGAGCUGCUUGCUAUGGCUAAUGGUGAUGAGAAUUUGCUAAAUGAUGUUCUUGUGGACACAUCCUAGGUGUGACAUUUUUCCAAUUUGAAAAUCUUGUUUUUGAUCAGUUUUGUCUAAGCUUAGUUUUCCCAUUAGAGUUUUGCAUCUUGUAGGAUUGUUUGGAUUCUUUUUC